CCUCUUUCGCGACCUUUCACCCCAGCAUGGCUGCACCCGUGGGACCGGUGAAGUUCUGGAGACCCGGUACAGAGGGGCCAGGUGUCAGCAUCUCUGAAGAGAGACAAAGUCUCACCGAAAAUUUUGUGACAACUGUCGUUUACAAUCCUUACUCUGCCCUUUCUAUAGAGCAGCAGAGGCAGAAGCUGCCAGUGUUCAAGCUUAGGAAUCAUAUUUUGUACUUGAUAGAAAACUAUCAGACAGUGGUGAUUGUUGGAGAAACGGGAUGUGGGAAAAGCACGCAGAUUCCUCAAUAUCUUGCAGAAGCUGGCUGGACAGCUGAAGGAAGAGUGGUAGGAGUGACCCAGCCUCGAAGAGUGGCUGCUGUUACAGUUGCAGGGAGAGUAGCUGAGGAAAGGGGUGCAGUGCUGGGCCACGAGGUGGGCUACUGCAUCCGCUUUGAUGACUGCACCGACCCACUGGCUACGAGAAUUAAGUUUCUUACUGAUGGAAUGCUGGUCAGGGAAAUGAUGGUUGAUCCACUGUUAACAAAAUAUAGUGCCAUCAUGCUGGAUGAAGCCCAUGAAAGGACCUUGUACACCGACAUUGCCAUUGGCUUGCUGAAAAAGAUUCAGAAAAAGCGAGGGGAUCUUCGAUUAAUUGUGGCCUCAGCCACUCUGGAUGCGGAGAAAUUUCAGGAUUUCUUUAAUCAAAAUGAAACCAGUGACGCAACCAGGGAUACAUGUGUAAUCCUAACAGUGGAAGGGCGAACAUUUCCGGUGGAUAUCUUUUAUCUACAAAGUCCUGUUCCAGAUUAUAUCAAAUCAACUGUGGAAACUGUGGUGAAAAUUCACCAGACAGAGGGAGAUGGAGACAUAUUAGCAUUUCUUACUGGCCAGGAAGAAGUAGAAACUGUUGUGUCUAUGCUAAUUGAGCAGGCACGAGCACUAGCUCGCGCUGGAAUGAAGAGACACCUCCGGGUUCUCCCCAUGUAUGCGGGACUGCCUUCCUUUGAGCAAAUGAAAGUAUUUGAAAGGGUGUCACGCAGUGUCAGAAAGGUGAUAGUGGCCACCAAUGUGGCAGAAACCUCCAUCACGAUCAGUGGCAUUGUGUAUGUGAUUGACUGUGGCUUUGUGAAACUGCGAGCCUACAAUCCCAGGACAGCUAUUGAAUGCUUGGUGGUGGUGCCAGUGUCCCAGGCAUCAGCCAACCAGCGAGCAGGACGUGGUGGUCGCAGCCGCUCAGGCAAAUGUUACCGUCUUUAUACAGAGGAAGCCUUUGACAAGUUGCUUCAGUCUACUGUCCCUGAGAUGCAGCGUAGCAAUUUGGCACCUGUCAUACUGCAGCUGAAAGCACUAGGGAUUGACAAUGUCCUCAGGUUCCACUUCAUGUCGCCACCUCCAGCACAGUCGAUGGUUCAAGCUUUGGAGUUACUCUAUGCUCUAGGAGGUCUGGACAAAGACUGUCGUCUAACUGAACCCCUUGGCAUGAGAAUAGCAGAGUUCCCUUUGAAUCCCAUGUUUGCCAAAAUGCUGCUUGAAUCAGGAAAUUUCGGCUGUUCUCAGGAAAUUCUAAGCAUUGCAGCUAUGAUGCAGAUCCAGAAUAUCUUUGUGGUCCCCUCAAACCAGAAAUCUCAGGCAAUUCGAGUGCACCGAAAAUUUGCUGUCGAAGAGGGCGAUCAUCUCACUAUGCUCAAUGUAUACGAAGCAUUUAUCAAACACAAUAAAAGCUCUCAGUGGUGUCAGGAACAUUUCCUGAAUUACAAGGGUCUUGUCAGAGCUGCGACCGUGAGAGAACAAUUGAAAAAGCUUCUUAUCAAGUUUCAAGUACCCAAGGAGUCUAGCGAAGGUGAUCCAGAUCCGGUGCUGAGGUGCAUUGUUUCGGGAUUCUUUGCAAAUGCGGCGAGGUUUCAUUCUACUGGAGCUUAUAGGACUAUCCGUGACGAUCAUGAACUGCACAUACACCCUGCGUCAGUCCUCUAUGCAGAAAAGCCACCUCGCUGGGUUAUCUACAAUGAAGUUAUACAAACCUCCAAGUAUUACAUGAGAGACGUGACGGCCAUUGAAUCUACUUGGCUGUUGGAGCUGGCUCCACACUUUUAUCAGCAAGGAACGCGGUUGGCAGAAGGCCUACCUUUAGGUGUGGGAGCUGGGAGAAGAUAAACAUCAACAAAGGAUUAAAUGGCAAGAAUAUACGAGGAGCUCCUAUAAAUCUACGAUAAAAGCCCCCGGUAGAAAAGAAUGGGAAAGAGAACAGGCACUUCAUAGAAGCAGACCCAGAAGUCUACCAAGCCAAAGAAGAGAUGCUUCAACACGGUCAUCAGAAAAGCACAACUAAAGCAACAAUUAGAUACCACUUUGCACCCAUUAGAUUAGCAAAAAUUGGAAGGGUGGGUAGUGGAAGUGCAAGCUGAGAUAUGGAGGCCUCCACGCAGCUGGUGUGCCCGUCAGGUGAGGUGUGUGCAUGCCCCAUGGCUCAGCAAUUCUGCUCUGGGUGUAUGUUCCCAACGAAACUCUCACCCGGCUCCACAGGAGACAUGUAUGAGGGUGCUCCCCCAGUGGGCUGGGGUGGGGGUGGGGAGUAACAUCACCCAUCCGUGGGGGGUUGCAGGGGAAAUGUAGUGGGCGACGCUAUGCAGAACCAAAGAGCAGUUUCUAGCCAUAGACGAUAUAUAACAUAGACCUUCAAAACAGCUGAAUGAAAAAAGUAAACAGGACAGGGCUGUUGACACAAACUGAAAAUGCAUGCUCACAGAAAACAAUAUAAGGAUUGCAAAAAUAUGUACAACCAAGAAGAUGCACGUUAAAAGUGUCUCUAAGGGUGGGAGUAGGAUGUGAGGAAUGGCGAUAAAAGAAAAUUAGAAACGAAAUAAAACAAGGUGAAAGGAAGGAGCCUCAUGUUUAUUUGGAAGAAGCCUGGGUUUUAGGACAUUUAUCCCUUCUUAUUUAAGGUUUUAGACGUGUGCUGGUGGCCCCAUGGAGGCGAAGGUUGUGGGAUUGCCUUCCCAGCUCAUAUCCUGCAGGAAUCACUGCUACCCUGGAAGGAAUGACCCAGUGAGCAACAUGUUGCUUACAUUCCCUGUCACAGCACAGUUUUACCAGAUACGUGAUCUCCUGAUGCCCUUUUAACUCACAUUUAUUCUCCAUACCCCACGGUAGAGUUAGUUUUCACUGGUAAUUUGAAAGCCAGCAGCAGCAGCAGGGCUUGUCUGAUCACCGAGGAGGGAAAGGCACACAUCCCCGUUAUCCUUUUCAGUAGAGGCGAAUGAACUCGCUGGAAAGCCCUCCCCAAAUUCAUGAAGAAACAGACAGAUGGUAGUAGCUCAUGGGGUUUAUCUGGGCAAAGCUCCUCCAAGUUUCCAAGAAAGGAACCAGUAGGACAAAUUACAUCAUUUUAAGUCCUUCCUGCUGAGCUGAGCAGCAUCCUUACGAUGGGAUGUAUGCUCCUGAGAGUAGCUCAAUCUCCUAGACUUAGCAGGCUCAGGGAGAUGGAAACGUGGGCUUCAGUCACGUCCCCCUCGCCCUUGCCUGGUUUAAUGGUUAAAUUGCACAUAUUGGCAACUGCUUCCAGACUAGUUACCCCAGCGGGUAUAAACUACCCAAAUGUUAUCACAAGUUGAACAAUACCACCCUCGAUCUUCGUUGUAAGGUUCCUGGAAUUUAUGAUGCAGAGAGCAAUGGACAGCAAGUCAGUAGCUCGUGUUAUUUUAGUAAACCAAUGUAAAUUCUUGGCAAACAACUUUGGAACUCUCCCUAAGUUCUCCCUUUCUCCUUUAAAAAAUGUAUUUGUAACUGCUGCUGGAUGGAGCACAUUUUCAAGGCAACUUGAAUUUGUGUUUUCCCAAGCUGCAGUCCCAAACC